AGGGACACUACCCCGGAAUCGCAGCUGAUAUUCGUGCUAUGUGGUUGAACUGUCUUUGUUCGCUUUAUUCUUCAACCGGUUAGAAACUCCUCGUUGAUGAUGGAUUCGAAAAUAAUCCUGUUUCAAACGUGCGGAUUUUAUUUCCUGCUUCUCUUUUUGCAUGACGCGUAUGGAGACAUGAGCUAUUCUUUUCCUGAGGAGAUGAAACGAGGAUCAGUUAUUGGAAAUAUAGCCAAGGAUCUCGGGCUGAAGACGGGUGCGCUGUCCAACAGAAGAGCCCGUAUUGACACCGAUGGGACUGAGAAGCGUUACUGUGACAUAAAUCUAAAAUCAGGAAAUUUUGUGAUCAGGGAACGGAUUGACAGAGAAGAGUUUUGUGGGGAUAAGAUGUCGUGUAUGCUUAAAUUUGAGUUAGUCCUAGAGAGCCCUUUGGAGCUGCAUCGUAUUUCUCUAGCCAUCCAGGAUGUAAACGACAAUUCGCCUGUUUUUCCAAAGGAUACAAUUAAACUGGAAAUUAGCGAAUCGGCCAUCAAAGGAGCGAGGUAUCUACUCCCAAUGGCAAACGAUGCAGACACCGGCAGUAACUCGGUAAAAAGCUACAAGCUGAGUCCAAAUGAGUAUUUCUCAUUAGACGUACAGAGCGGCGGACAGCACAGUGAGUCUGCUGAUUUAGUGCUCCAGAAAUCUUUAGACAGGGAAAAACAGUCUGUUAUCCACCUUACUUUAACUGCUCUGGACGGAGGAAAACCUGCCCGCUCAGGGACAUUAAAAAUAGUGGUAUAUGUCAUGGAUACAAAUGACAACGCUCCGGUAUUUAGCCAACCUCUGUAUAAGGCUCAGGUCACUGAAAACGCUCCUUCUCAGACAUCCAUACUAACCGUUAGUGCCACAGAUUUAGAUGAGGGAAUAAAUGGUGAAAUAGUGUAUUCAUUUAUUGAGCGGGGACAUUUCAAUCCUGAAUCUGUGUUUUCCAUAAACCCAGAUACAGGGGAAAUAACUGUGACAGGAAAAGUAGACUAUGAAGAGAAUGCAGCAUAUGAUAUUCGUGUAGAGGCAAGAGAUAAAGGUACACCCUCUCGAAGUGUGCAUGGUAAAGUGUUAGUGGAGGUAACUGAUGUUAAUGACAAUAUACCUGAAAUCAUUAUUACCUCUCUUAUGAGCCCAGUUAAAGAGGAUGCAGAGAUAGGUACAGUGGUCGCUCUGGUGACUGUGACUGACAAAGAUGGGGCUAACAGGAGUCCCGUGGCGAUAUAUGUGUUAUUUGUCCUGCUGGAUUGUUACUGGGAAGCGGUGUCCGGACAGCUCUCCUACUCCAUAUCAGAAGAGGUGAAUCCGGGGACUUCUGUUGGAAAUAUAGCCAAGGAUCUAAACCUCAGUGUCCAUGAUUUGGAGCCCCGCAUGUUUCAGAUCGUUGCUGGAUCAAAGAGAAAAUAUUUCGAGUCUCCUCCUUUCCGCGUGAAGCGUCAGCAGGCUGCGAGUGCUUUGUGA